UCAAAAGCACUUUUUCAAAAACAAGUAUUUGCAUUUACAUCACACUUUCCAAUUUGUUGUGGGCAUGUCUUGCAAGAGGAAGACCCAGCUAUGGGAGUCGAAUAUUGAUGGUUCACUCAUGAAGACAACCACACAAAUAAUGCUUGAGCAGGGCUCACAGCCACAGCGCACCCUUUGCACCACCGAUCACAAGCUCGUCAACUUUCAGUCCUUUAACAUGGAUGAUCCACGCUAUGGCCAUGUGGAUUACGAGGAGCAAUCGGAACCGCCGCUAAGAUCUAGCUAUAUGCGUGAGUAUACACAGCCUUUUCUGCCCCGCUGCAAGGUACUGGAACCGAAAGGGGGAACGCCCGACUUUAUGUUCAAUCGAUUGCCUAAAAACGAUUUUGACCCUCAAACGGGCACCUUAUACAAGUUUCUCGAUGAUCACAUGCACGAUGUACCCGAAGUGCGCAAAAAGGUUAACUUUUUCAGGCAGUUGAGAAAUCAAUCAUUUUUGCUUUAUUGAUUAUAUCCAUAUUUGUUAAGUGUAAUGUACCAUAAUGAAAAAUGUUAUAAAAUAUAAUUAUUGUUGUUGCCGA